GGGACACAAACGCACUUUCAUUCUCAUUCAACGUUUCAGAGACGCAUUGAUAGUAAAAAUGGGAGGACUCAGUGCACCCUCUGAUUAUUCCGAAGAGCCUCCUCGUCACCCUUCUCUUCUCAUCAACGCCAAGGAACCCUUCAAUGCCGAGCCUCCUCGUUCUAUCUUGACUCUCUCCUACGUUACUCCCUCCGAUUUCUUCUAUAAGAGGAAUCACGGCCCAAUUCCCAUCGUUCAAGACAUUAACAGAUACUCCGUGUUCAUAUCCGGGUUGGUGGAGCAUCCCAGACAGCUUUUCAUGAAAGAUAUCUGGACGCUUCCAAAGUAUAAUGUCACUGCCACUUUGCAGUGUGCAGGUAAUCGAAGGACUGCUAUGAGCAAGACCAAAACGGUGAAGGGAGUUGGCUGGGAUGUUUCUGCUAUUGGAAAUGCUGUUUGGGGUGGUGCCAAAUUGUCUGAUGUUCUUGAACUUGUUGGAAUUCAAAAGUUGACUAGUGUCACUCAAUUUGGUGGAAGACAUGUUGAGUUUGUAAGCGUUGAUAAGUGUAAGGAGGAGAAUGGAGGCCCAUACAAGGCUUCAAUACCACUUAGCCAGGCCACAAAUCCUGAAGCAGAUGUUCUACUUGCUUAUGAAAUGAAUGGAGAACCUCUUAAUAGGGAUCAUGGAUAUCCAUUACGUGUGGUUGUUCCUGGUGUCAUUGGAGCCCGGUCUGUUAAAUGGCUUGAAGAUAUCAAUAUCAUUGCAGAAGAAUGCCAGGGUUUCUUCAUGCAAAAGGACUAUAAAAUGUUUCCACCAUCUGUGAAUUGGGAUAAUAUCGAUUGGUCAACCAGGAGACCCCAAAUGGAUUUCCCUGUUCAGUGUGUUAUAUGUUCUCUGGAAGACGUGAGUACAAUAAAGCCUGGGAAGGUAAAAAUUAGUGGAUAUGCAGCAUCUGGAGGGGGCAGAGGCAUUGAGAGAGUAGAUGUUUCUGUUGACGGAGGCAAAACUUGGAUGGAAGCCUCAAGAUUUCAGAAAAGCAAUGUUCCCUAUUUAUCAGAGCAUGCCAGCAGUGACAAAUGGGCAUGGGUGCUAUUUGAGGUCGCAGCUGAUAUUCUUCACAGCACUGAGAUUAUUGCAAAAGCGGUAGAUUCUGCUGCAAAUGUCCAACCUGAAAAGGUUGAAGACAUUUGGAACCUCAGAGGCAUAUUAAACACUUCGUGGCAUAGAGUAAAAGUUCAAGCCAGUCACUCAAACUUAUAAAAGUAUACCAAAUUUCCAGUCAAGUUUUGUGAUUCUCCCCGUCCAACAUAAUGGUUGGGUGAAUGUUGACGCUUCUCUUACUGAAGAGUGAACACGGAAUAGGCACUGCGAUUAGCUGUACAAAACGUCUUAAUGAACAUCAGAAGGGCUAUAACUUGCAAGUUUCACACGAAUUGUCUGUAACGUUGUAUCUUCAAAUAAUUGCUUUCAGAUAUUAAACUCAAGUGUGUGGCACUUCCAAUUUCACUAAUCGUAUCAUUUUUAUCCUC